AGAUUAGAGCUGUCGCCAUAGGAGUGGUUUGCAUCGCCAGGAGUUUCGUUUUCUCUUGAAAACGUCUCGGUUGUGGGCGAGAAACGGAAUUUCCUUUUCAAAGUGAAUGGUGUUUACAUGGACUAAUUAUUAAUUAAUAUGGCCUGUAGAAGAGAAGAAACUCAAGAACAGCUUCUCUCUUCCAUCAUUUCAACUAUGAAUUCUCAUAAUCAUCCAGCAUGUGCCAGUCAAGUUCAUAGAAUAUGUAUGGUGUCUGACUUUUUUUAUCCAAACAUGGGUGGAGUGGAAAGCCAUAUUUACCAGUUGUCACAGUGCCUAAUUGAAAGAGGGCACAAAGUUAUUGUAAUCACCCAUGCUUAUGAUGAUCGCAAAGGCAUUCGAUACCUCACCAAUGGACUAAAGGUCUAUUAUUUACCAUUAAGAGUAAUGUACAACCAAUCUACAGCCACUACUCUUUUUCACAGUCUGCCUCUUCUCAGGUACAUAUUUAUUCGAGAAAGAAUCACCAUUGUCCAUGCACAUAGUUCAUUUUCUUCUAUGGCUCAUGAUGCACUGUUUCACGCUAAGACAAUGCAGCUACGGACAAUUUUUACAGAUCACUCACUUUUUGGAUUUGCUGAUGUCAGUUCGGUGCUUACAAAUAAACUAUUGACUGUAUCACUAUGUGAUACAAACCACAUAAUAUGUGUUUCUUACACAAGCAAAGAGAAUACUGUAUUGAGAGCAGCACUUAAUCCAGAAAUAGUUUCUGUCAUCCCUAAUGCUGUUGAUCCUACUGACUUCACUCCAGAUGCAUCUGAACGUGACGACAACACAAUAACUAUUGUUGUGGUUAGCAGACUUGUAUAUAGAAAAGGUAUUGAUUUACUUAGUGGUAUAAUUCCUGAGCUAUGUCAGAAGUAUCCAGAUUUACAUUUCUUAGUUGGAGGAGAAGGACCAAAAAGAAUUGUAUUAGAAGAAGUACGGGAAAGAUAUCAACUACAUGAGAGAGUUCGUCUUCUAGGAGCUUUAGAACACCAGGAAGUUAGAAACAUCUUGGUUCAAGGUCAUAUUUUUCUUAACACCUCUCUCACAGAAGCGUUUUGUAUGGCAAUUGUGGAAGCUGCCAGUUGUGGUUUACAGGUGGUCAGUACAAGAGUUGGUGGGAUUCCUGAAGUACUUCCAGAUGAUUUUAUAAUUUUGUGUGAACCUUCAGUGAAAUCCCUUUGUAAUGGAUUGGAAAAGGCUAUUAGUCAACUGAAGUCAGGAUCAUUAUUGUCUCCAGAAAUUAUGCAUGACAAAGUUAGAACAUUCUACACUUGGAGAAAUGUUGCAAAAAGAACUGAAAAAGUGUACAACAGAGUGGCAAAGGAAACUGUGUUGCCAAUGGGCAAACGACUUGAGAGACUUAUCACUCAUUGUGGCCCAGUGACUGGUUGCAUUUUUACUCUUUUGGCUAUGCUCAGCUUUCUUUUUUUGAUAUUUCUGAAAUGGCUGAUACCAGAUGAUUUUAUUGAUAUUGCAAUAGAUGCCACGGGUCUAAAUGGAGCAUGGACUAGAAAAUAUUUCCACAAUAAAAAUAAAAAAGAAAACAUUACAAACUCUUAAAGUUGCUGAAAAAGAUUUCAUUCCCUUACUCGCCUUCACCAUUAUGCAUUUUGCUGUUAAAUUUACAUUUAUCAAGAAAAAUUGCUUAUAUGUUAUUGGACAGCUUUCAAUAAUGAAUGGAAAGAAACUAAAAUUAAGUUCUACCUCAACAUAAAUCUAAAUUGGUUUGGGAAAGACAUUUUCCCAAGAUAUGUUGUGAAAUCUGUUUACAUUUAUUUCAGCUUGAAAUAACCUUAUAAAUAGCAUGGCAUGGCAUGUCAAUUAAUUAAAGAGUUCAUCUGAGGAAAUAAGGGGAAAAUAGGUGAGUAGGUAGAAAUUUUGUCUAUUUUAGAGUUUUUUCUCUUUUUCUCUUGCACCAUCAUAAUAUGUUUAAAAAUUAUAUGGAAAAGUAGCAGUAUAUGUUCCGAUCCAGUAUAAUACAACAAAGAACGUGACCUUUUAAGUAUAGAUCCUAAGUGUGCUUGUUGAGAUGUAUGAUAAUUCAGUAGGUUGAUAUGAUCAACUAAAAUUGAGAAAUGAAAAACUUGUAAAGAAUAUUCUUUGUUUAGUAAUCGAGUUAUGACACUUAGAGACAGUUUGAAGUUUCAACAUAACCUCUCCACCCAAGUACUUACGACACAGUCUCAAAGUUACAAAUGUUGCAGCAGUUUUACGAAUGAUCGCAGAGGCACUGUAACAUUUGCCCUGCCUAUCCUGCCCCCCGACCAGGUCUCCACAGACACUGAUCCUGUGGAUACUCACCUUGCGAAAAUCUAGUGAGCCUUUGGCUUCUUGGCUUGCUUCGGUGCGGUGCUUCAGGCCUUCGAUGCAUUUGCAAAGAAUGGAGGCUUAAAAUACCGAACCCUUCCCUCCAUUUAUAAAGCCUUUUACCGUCUUUACAAAAAGCCUUUGCUGCUAAAAACAGAGCCUGGGAAGGGGAACAUGUGUUCUUUUGUUCCUCCAUUUGCAUCCACAAAGGCCUUUCCUCAAGGCCUUUGCCACCAAGAAUGGAGCCCCUCUUGGUCUUUGUUCUCGGCAGCAAAGAUUUUUUGUAAAGAUGAUUGGAGCCUGCAGGGAUACAAUCUCUCAUCUCUUCAGGCCUUGGCAAGCCUUUGCUCAAGGCAAAACCACAGUGGAGAGGCUGGAGAGGAGAUAGUUCCCUUGAUCAUCAAGAUGUACGUAAGGUAAGUGACCUGGUCGGGCAGGAAGCAUGAAAUAUCUCCGUGGGCAGGCCUUGUGUGGUGAGAAGCACUACGCCCCCCCAUGGCCUUCCCCACCUUGAGAUACCUCACGAAUGCAUGGACGAAAUUAGGAAGUGAUCACAUUCAAGUUAUAUGGUUCACUCCUAUGAAUCCUCAAGUUACGAAUGUAAUUGGCAGGCUCCAUUACAUUUGUAACUCGGUUACCUGUAUCACUCAUUUUGAUAGUUUGAAAACAAGUAUAAUUGACAUAUUCUGAAAUCUUCUCUGCCAAUACUUUUGAAGCUUUCAGAAGAAGGUUCCAUUGUCCUCCAAAAUCCAAGAGUAGGUCUUUUGAAUCUAUAAGGAGCAGGUCUUUAUAAUUCAGUUGAGACAUAAUGAAAAAAACUCUUUUUUUACAUUAAUAAAGCCCAGCAUUAUGUUCAUUUUUCUUUUCUUCCAUUUUUAAAUAAAAUUAAAAUACAUGUUAAAUAAAAAUUCCCUUGUAGGUAUUAAAACUCAUUCCAAUCAAUACUUCCAUGACAAGAUAGUUAUAUUUAAAGUAAAAACAGGUGCUUCAGUCUUUUAGUAUAUGUUAACUUUGUCUGACCAUUUCUGUUAUAAUAUUAUAUUUCUACUAUUUCAAAAACCAGAAAACAUGAAAAUUAUCCUAUCAUAAUUAUUUUGAGAAGCAAAAAUCACCCACACUGAAUUAAAGCAAUGACAAAGUAUGUACAACUAAGGUUUCUAAUUUUUAUUUUUAUUAUAAAACACUCCCAAUUUGUAAAUGAGAGAAUAAUUUUUAAGUUGAAAUUAUUUAUAAAGAUCUAAAAAUAUUUUGAGGAAGAAAAUCUAGGACAAAUACAGUUUUCCAACACAAACUUGCCAAUGUCAGUAGAGUAUGCAGAGAACAUAAAUAUGAUAACAUGCAGUACAAUUUGUGUCAAUAUUCUUGGAUCUCCAACUAACCCACUGCAAAUAAACAACACCAUCUUUGGAGAAAUAUUAAUCAUAAACCUGAACUACUUGAUAAUUUAUUCGGCAUAAUAUUAGUUUUAAAAAGAAGACUAACUUACACAAGUAAUUUGGAUUGCUACUCCAUAAGUUGGCAAAGGCAAUAUCAGCCCUUUGCCAUUUAUCUAGGAAUUAUAUUUCAGUAUUUUUCAGACAAAUUCUAAGCAUUCUUCUAUAAGUUCUUUAUAUCAGUCUUCUGUGUUUUCAGUCUUCGGUUAAUUUCAGGAAUCUUUUCUUAAGAGAUCAAUAUCUGUAAAAUAGGAAUUUUUACAGCUUCUUAUGCCUAUUCUUCCAUUGGCCUAGCCCCAAUAUUAUAGAAAUAGAUUUAUUCUUAUGCAAUAUGACUUUACAGAAUUAUUUAAUCCUGUGGAAUCUAUAUAAAGGGCUACAGGAGAAGGACCAAUUAUGCUAAAGGUGCUUAUUCUUCUGGAAGAAGAAUACUAUUUCUAAAUCUAUAAAUUGUAUAUUUGAAGAUACUUUGGAACUUUUCUUGAAUGUCUAAAUAUCAUAGCCUUAAGUGAUUUGCUUUUCUCUACUUACGAUAUCUCUCUUGUAUCAAACAAUUAAUUUUUUUGGUCUGCCACUGUAUAUGAGCAACUCCUAAUCCUAUAGGUGAUAGAACUAACCAAAAUUGUUAUAUUUGAAAGUAAGAAAACCAUUUACAUGUUAAAAAUAAUGGUGAUUGUAUGCUUUGAUUUGGUACCUGUUUCACAAUAAAUAAUGGUUUCUAAUGUUCUAUACUUAUUUCCAUUUGUUAUGGCUACAUUCUGUAUUUAUGAUUUUUUUGAAUUGAAGCUAUUGUAGCCUUGGCUAUUUAAAAGAAAUCAUAAAUUGAAUAAUUUCCUCAAUCAUGGCUAAUCAAUUAAAAUGUAUUGCAAUAAAAUUAAUGCAACUUUUUCUAUUACAUAUAUAUUGCUAUUUUCAAAGUUAAAAAUUAGGUGAUUUAAAAAUCUUUGCAAGAUAGAACUUCAAUUCUUUAAUGGACUUCAUAACAAUUAUGGAAUGUAGCAGUAUUCUUGCUUACACCAAAGACUGCAUUCUAUGAUGAUGGAAGGUAGUUCUAUUAUAUAAAGUCAUGUGUUUAUCUACAAAUAAAACUGUUUUUAAUACUCUGUU